AUGACUAUUUUCCGACGCAUUUUACUCCGAUCAGCUCCGACACGGCGGCCACUUCCCGCCAUCCCCCAAACCCUAAACCCUCCCCCACGUGCUUGCUCACGUGACGUCCCAAACCCCCGCCUUCUCUGCCACCGGUCUUUUGAGCAUUACAAUGCGUCUGAAAUUGAGGUGGUGAAGUUUGUGCCAGGCCGGGGCGGUGCUGGCCGGCGGUGUCUUGUGUAUCCGGCUGUUUUGGCUGGUUUGAUUGGGCUUCGAGGUUUGGAGGUGGCUUAUGCAGAUGCUGAGGAGGGCGCUUCCAAGCAAGGUCUGCCGGCUGAUGCCAAUAAUAUGGAGGAAGCUGCCAAGAAGCAAAGACAGGAAAUUGAAGACUUGCUCAAGCGUAAAGGGAUUCGAGGUGGUUCUAUUCCCAACUUUACUGUUUCUGUCAAGGGGCAGAAGGUAACAAUCAAGUUCCAAAUUCCUCCUACAUGUGAAGCUUCACAAUUGAUUGCCAAUAUUGUUUCUAAUCUUGGCUUAAAAGUUGAAGAGCAUGGUGGUGGUUCAGAUGUAUCAUUACGCGCUUGGGAUAGUGGAGUUGCUUGGCAACUAAUGCUUAUGCACCCAGAGAAACAGAAGGAAACUGAAGGUGAUCAAGGGGAAUCAAAAGAUGUGAAUAAACAUGAUCGAGAUCUGCACAUCCUCAUUUUCCGUUCAGUCAUUACCUCAACAGAAAAAACUGAAAUUGAAUUUAUGAAGCAGGGUGGCUUGAGUCCCAACGAGCUCAAUGCCCUGGUAUCCGCUUUACAAUUAGCUGGGGAAAAAAUAGGAAAGUCUACCACAGAACGAAGAGGGAGGGAAGAUAGCACACAAUCUUCAUCCAUAGAGAAAUUAAUAACCAGUCUUGAGUCCAUGGGAGUGAGAGUUUAUGGAGUUCAUGAACCCAAUGAGAGUUCUGCAAGCAAAGCUGUUUCAUGGGAUAAUCUUGCUGGAUAUGAUCUGCAAAAGCGACAGAUAGAAGACACGAUACUUUUGGCUUUGCUAAGUCCUGAAACAUAUGAUGAUAUUGCCCGCGGAACUCGUCGCAAAUUUGAGUCAAAUAGACCUCGAGCUGUACUCUUCGAAGGCCCACCAGGUACAGGGAAAACUUCCUUUGCUCGUGUCAUUGCUAAUCAAGCGGGCAUCCCAUUGUUAUACGUGCCCCUUGAGGUUAUAUUGUCCAAGUACUAUGGUGAGAGUGAACGAUUAUUAGGGAAAGUGUUUUCACUUGCCAAUCAGCUUCCAGAUGGUGCUAUCAUUUUUCUGGACGAGGUUGAUUCGUUUGCUAUUUCACGAGACGGUGAUUUGCAUGAAGCCACACGAAGGGUGUUGUCAGUGUUGCUGCGACAGAUUGAUGGAUUUGAACAGGAUAAGAAAGUGGUUGUAAUUGCUGCAACAAAUAGGAAGCAAGACCUUGACCCAGCCUUGAUCAGUCGAUUUGACACUAUUAUUCCAUUUGGCCUACCUGAUCAUCAAACUCUUAAGGAAAUAGCUGCUCAGUACGCGAAACAUCUAACUGAAUCUGAAUUAGAUGAAUUGGCAACUGUAACAGAAGAGAUGUCUGGAAGGGAUAUCAGAGAUGUGUGUCAACAAGCAGAGCGCUCAUGGGCAUCAAAAAUGAUCCGAGGACAAGUAUCCAAAGAUGGAGAACAAAUCUGUCUUCCGCCUCUGCAGGAGUACAUAGCGAGUGCCAUGAAUCGACGCAAAGGUUUACUCAGCUCCCCACCCCGGCAGACCCAAAAUCCUCCCAAGGCUGACAGAUAGAAUGCCGGGGUUUAACUUCAAGUUACGAGAUGUGCUAUAGUAUUAUCUUGUCCAUUGCAUUAGGGUUUAUCACACUAGGAAGCUCCAAUUUUU